AAAAACCUCCGGCUGAUAUAAGUGUCAAAACGGAUUGGCAUGUAGUCUUUUUGUUUUGGAAUAAAUCAAAAGAAUAAAAGAAUGAAAAGUAGGCCUUUGUCACAUGGGCCGUGAGAGUAAGUAGUCAUUUUUCCUGAGCCUUUUUCUCACCUGGUUCUUAGAAGAAAUUAUCAAUUAUAAGAAAUCAACUUCUGGAUUGGUCGAGAGUUAGGAAUACGACAUGGAAGUGUAACAGUUAAAAACCGAGGACAAUAUAGUUAUAUUAAUCAUACAAACAAAAAUUAAAAAAUAUGUUGCAUUGGGACUAGUAUUGAGAAAUAGGAACGCCCCUAAUGGAAGUCGGGGUUGUGAGGGUCGCUGAAGAUCGAGACUUUACAAAUCUGAAAGAACUCCUGGACCACCAUGCCGAAUGGAAGUUGGACUACCAUAAGGGACCAAUUAAAGUUUGGACUAAAACACUACAUAAUACAAAUUUUAAAAUGAUAAAGGUCUUAGCUUCAUUUGAUGACAUAUCGACUGAUGUGAUGUAUGAUGUCCUUCAUGAUCCCGAAUACAGGAAAGUAUGGGAUCAACACAUGAUCGAGUCCCAUGAUAUCGGGUAUUUAAACCCAAAUAAUGAUGUUGGCUACUAUUCCAUGUCUUGUCCAAGUCCACUUGCAAAUCGAGAUUUUGUUUUGCAAAGGUCCUGGCUGGAUCUUGGUGACGAAAAGUACAUAUUGAACCAUUCUGUAUAUCAUGUCAAUUACCCGCCCAAAAAGGGAUUUAUCAGAGCUACAUCGUAUUUAACAGGGUUCUUGUUGCGGUACAAUAAACAGACUGGUGGAUGCAAUUUAGGCUACAUCUCACAAACAGAUCCACAGGGUACACUUCCUCCUUGGUUAGUCAAUAGAGUAACGCACAUCUUUGGCCCCAAGAUGGUAAAAAGUUUGCAAAAAGCCACUUUGGGAUAUAAAGAGUGGAAAGCGAUGAAUCACCCACAUUUUAAACCUUGGCAUUACCCGGAACAGAUAAAAUCCCCAAGACUCAAUCUGAAAGAAUGUGUUAUGUCUACAAUAGAAGUAUCUCAAAGGCAGAAAACUGAGGAUGAAAAUCUGCCGCAGUCUACACCGAUUAAGAUUAAAAAGUCAUCAAAAGCAAAAUGAAAUGAUCCAUUUUUCUUGUUUGUCCCUCCCUGUAUCAAAUUUCAAUUAAAAAGUCUUUGAAACAGCAACAAAGAGUUUGCUUCUAGUCAUGAGAUUUGUGUGGUUUAUUUUGAAUGCUUAUAUUUUCGGUAUAUUUGCAUAUCAGAAAUUUCGUUAAUGCAUUAUAGUCGCCAUCCAUAAAUAUUUCCAAAUUGCCAUAACUAAUAUUAUUUCUUUUAAUUGUAUUAGAAAGUCGUUUACAAUUCAUAGACAAUUCGUUCAUUCACACAAUCACUUAAAAAAAGAAUAUUACCAAUCUUAAGGUUUCC